GGGUAUACCAAGAAAGUUACCGUUAAUGCCUUCCAGAUCAUUGCAUACGCGAUGGGUAAGUGGAUCAGUCUACAGACCUUUCGGGCUGACGAUGCACCGGGGUACAAGCGCGGAAAGUCUCUGGUGGCUAUUAUGUAUGGGUUGAGUGCUAUUGUAUUGGUGGUUGUGCGUUGGGUGAAUAUUCGUGAGAACAAGCGUCGGGACAGAGUUCAGGCGGAAGAGGGUGCUAAUAUGGAUAAUGAAGAGACUCGUCAGGCUGUUGAGCGGUUUAAGUUUAUGGACUUAACUGACUUUGAACAGACGUACUUUCGUUAU